UACCAAAUCAACGUUCUCCUUGUAAACUCAACUGCAUAGCUUAAUGCUUAUGGGCUUAUCGCAAGUAUUGGGCUGCAUUGGGGUUUGCAACCUUCAACUAGUGGUAGCAGCAUUGAGAAAGAGCAGAUGUCGAUAUGCAACACAAGGCUUAUGGGGCCAUGACGCGCUAGCAUAUACACCCCUAUGCAUUCAAUCGAGUUGACGCUUUCAAAGUGCCUCCAUUACAGAGGUCUUCCGAGGUUGAGUU